AGCACAGCACAGCACAGCACAGCUGCAGUCGCCUUCCCUGCCUUAACCUUAGGUUCUCACUCCUGUUCAUAUUCAUUCAUAAGCGCUCUUUCUUUUCAACUAUAUUCAUCUCUAUCCCGCCUUCUUCACUUUUCUCCUCCCGGUCCGAUUCUGCAGUUUGUGGCGUUGCUGUUUCUCGCUCUUGCCUCUAUCCGUUGCUUCUGCUUUAUUUCACUGGCCUUUAUCUGCUGUCAUUUUUCCUGCCCUGACAAACCCGUUCGCAUGACGACAACAAAAACACAUCAGCCAUGAGCGUCAAGGCCAUCAACUACUAAUAUAUAAUUACUUACGCCUUGUUCCUCACAAUCGCAACUACGGACUGCGACGUUUCAACCCGCUUUACCAAUAAGCACAGUCACAAUCUCUCACAUUCUCGGCCAAUCUUUCAACUCUCUGUCUGUCUGUCUGUCUGUCUGUCUGUCUGUCUGUCGCAUUACGCACCUUUUCCUACCUGGACUGAGCACUGCUCCUCGGAUCAUCUCAUACCCCCAAGGCGUUGCUUUUCUCCGCCAUGACCCAGAAAAAGCCUUUCACAAGGACUGUCCCCUUUACCCAGCGCAACUGGGAAGCUGCUCAUAACGCGAAAAAUAUGGGCGCCACCCUCUCAACGCCCAAGAGCCAAGAUGACAGUGGCCCUCCACAAAAGCGUCAGAAGGUCUCGGUUUCCCAGUCCAACGGCGACGCCUCACUCAUUGAUACAGAAGAUCGUACGGCUCUACGCGUUGAGAUACACAAGAUUUUUCACAAGGACUCUAAGAAAGUCCGACCUCUCAAUGCUCUUCCUCCAGACGAUAUCAUCAAAACUAAGGCCAAAUGCCAAAUCACCGUUUCCGAUGUGAGCGGUGGCUUCACUCACAUCCUAUAUCGCAGCAGCCAGAGCUGUGACAUCGUCUCUCACACGAACCCGUCAGGCCCUCAUCGGAUUGCUUACAUCAAGCCACCUAAGCCAUUCCUUGUCCCUAAGGAAAGUAUCUUAGUCAACAGGCAGGAUGACCCAUCCCAUGACUUCUCGAACGCAUAUAGAUUGGACGUUGAAAUGUUUUCAGUUCAGGAUGGCAACUGGCCGCCUCUCGAAGCCCAUGAGCUUGGUGUCCCCGCAAGCCAGCAAGGGCCUGUCCAAGCAAUUGCCAAGCAAAAUUGGAUACUGCAUAGCGAGUUUCCCCAGGUCUUUGGGAGGAUAAAGAAACCCGUCAAGCUCACAGCUGGAUUCCACCCACAGCGCCAUGAACGUCUGACUAAUUAUACGAUGGAUGUAGAAUUGAAAUGGGCCUCGGGUACCCGACGAAUUGACAAGACUGCAAAAAACUGUAUUACUGCUUUCGAUUCAGACGGCGAGAUUUACACCAAUGGUGUUCUUGAAACUAUAUCUGAUGAUCUUCUCGACAGCGCGAGCCCACCAGAGCUUGAGGAUGGUAUCGAUGACAUCAGCAGCACCCAUCUCACAGAUGAUAUUCCUGAGAUAAACGGCACCAACGACACCAACGACACCAACGACACCAACGACACCAACGACACCAACGACACCAACGACACCAACGACACCAACGACACCAACGACACCAACGACACCAACGACACCAACGACACCAACGGCAUCAAUGGUCUUCAUGACGAUGACGAAGAAAUGGGUGGUGUGAACGGCAUCAAUGGGGUCAUGCAUGAGGUUGAGGAUGUGAACGGAGUACAAGAGACGAAUGGAGUGAACGGGCAUGUUGGCGAAGAAGACUCGUCGCAUGACAUCUCUCAUGAUCUAGAGGAAGAGCUAGAAGGCGACCACACUCCUAAUCGAGCAUUACGAAAACGGAAUAACAAGCAAUACAACUUGAAGGUACUGACUGCGCAAGCCCAUGGAAAAGAGCGCAAACCCCGAGAUAAGGCUGGGCAAUCUGAGCAAGGCGAGGGUUUCGUCACGUAUAUGCUGUCAGCUAAUGCACCGGUUCACCUACUCUCAUGGCAGUGUUGUGCCUGUGGCAACGCUAACGAGUCAUUGGACAUUUUGAGAGCUCACCUAAUGACAUACCAUCCGAAUUAUGUGUACACACUGGAAAAGACGAGUCAAGGGCCGCUGUUCCGGAUUACUCAUGUUUCGGGGUCUGCAGUCUCGCCUUCAAAAGAGCUGCAGCUCGGAAAACCCACAAAACCGCUUGAUCAGCAGGCCUACGUUAACGGCGAUGACUCCUGGAUAACUUCACGCUAUGGCCCAGACCACAUGGAAGAUGUUGUGCGGUUUUCACCGAAGCAGAGCACAGAACGACAACUCUUUGGAAAAUCUGGCGAAAGUCCUCCUCAGCCCCCAGCUGCAGCCCAGGCGGUGAUUCCGCGACCGGAAAAGAAGAAGGUCAUCAUUCCAGAGUCUUGUCAGCCUCUCUUUGACCCUGUCAGCAAAGCUCGCCUGAAACCUGGUGAUGAGUUACCAAAGCCCGUGGUGGAUAAUGCAUGGUUGUUACAGAAGCAUCGCGAAGAUAUCGGCGAAUUCUCCGACGUCUCAAAAGAAGAGAAGGAAUACAUUCGCAGAUGGGACGCGUUUAUUCUUCAAGAAAACGUCACAUCUGGACAAUAUUUCAGGCGUGCUUGGGUCAAGUUUGUCAAAGAGAAUGCCUCUUGGCUGGUGGGUGCGAAUUAUCGGAUGAACGAGUAUGGCAAGCACCUGUGUGUUCUGAUGGCGCGGGAUGUUCUGGAUAACGCUAGUGUUGAGAAAGCCGGGAAGCUGAUUGAUGAGGCACGAGCUCGAUUGAAAUCAGAUGAGGAUGCGAAGAUGAACGGUGUCAAUACGGCGGAUGCCACAUUGGAACAUUCACCUCGAGCUUCACAAAUUACGAGAGGCGCGAAUGGGUGUACAGUGUGUCAGCUCCCCGUUCUCGGACCUUCUCUACUCAUCUGUUCAAACAAGAAAUGCUCAAAUCGACUAUACCAUGCUAGUUGCAUCGAAAAGUCAGCAUCCAUUCCGGUCACUCGUCCCAAAUGGCUUUGCAAUGGGUGUAGCAAAACGGAAGCAACCUCCUAGAGCGGGGUGUCCAUAUCCUUGCGAAGCAUCCCAGUACAUAGUUCAGCAAGCUUGAAAGGAGGCGAACGAAGCAGCACUGGUUCUCAAAGCGUAAAAGCUUCCCAUUCGAUGACUACGCGUCAAGCGCUGAGAAAGAGACGUGUGAAUGUGGCUGUUGGGGAAUCUGAUGAGCCUACAGCCAUGAAGAGGGCCAGGUUUCGAAAAGCUAACACGAAAGCGGCGAGCUCCAAAAAGAUGUGAAGAAUCGCCUCGAGAUUUUGUGGUGGGGAAUAUAGCCAGACUUGGAGAUAUCGUGAGCGGAAGGAUGGCAUUAAAUUUAUGUUUUUAUAGUCGUUUCGGCGCUUAUUGGGAUCGGGACAUUGAUGAGAAGGCAUGCCCGGAGUCGGUUGAUCAGGAUUGAGGUAGAGGGUGGAUUAUUUCAGGCGUGGACAUUGCUGGGUUUUCGCAGCUCAUCUCUGUUGAGGCAGCUUGUACUGCAUGCAAGCUUUUGGAGGUCUGUAUUAUAUAACUAUACUACCUGCAUUUUGCUG